GUCUCAGAUGAAGAACGCCCAUCAUGCCAUCCCAAACACAGUUCCUCUUUCUGCAAUUACCGUCCGAUCUGCGGUUCGAAGUCUACCGGCACUUAUUUGGUAUUGCCCCAAACACUCGACUCCGAGUCGGCGAGGCAUGCCUAGACAGCGACUUGCCCUACAGCACCGAGACCUCAUGGCGUCUCUCCAAGACAUUCGAGGUCUACAACCACCCUCUCUCAGCCCCACAAGCAAGCGACUACGCAGCAAUGGAUAGCAAGCACUACUCAGCAAAGGAACAAUCCCGGCGACAUAUAUACCGCCAGCACCGACAUCUGUUUCUUGCCAUUGUGGCGACCUGCAAAACAAUAUACGAGGAAGCAAUGCCAUUCUUCUAUUCGGCAACUUUCUUCGCCGUGUCAGGAAAUAUCGCAAAAGCUAGCAACUGGUUAAAUGCAAUCAGUCCCCGACAAAGAAGGUAUAUCCGGAGAUUAAGCUUGCAGUUCAGCAGCAAUGCUCUCUUCGAAUGUUUCUCGAACCAGAACAACAUGCAAGGGCUUGCUGAGGUACUGAUGUAUAUGGAUCGGGUUGAUGUUUUGGAAUUGCUAAUCACGACUCCAUCGCUGGAGGAAGAGUUGUUGUGUUUCGCCGAGGCAGACAGUCAGGGUAUUCGACAGUAUGCGGUGUCUCGCAAGCCGUGUGAGCCCUUGGUACUAUUUGGGGUUGAGCAGUUGGAGGCGGUGCCGAGGUUAGGGUGUUUACGGAUUGUGGGGCGUAUUGAUAGACUGUUGCGGUAUACUGAGGACAAGGAGUACUUAAAGGCAUUUGCAGAAGGGAGGAAGCCGGCUGGGCUUGGGGAAGAAAAUGGACAUCGGCCAGUGGUGGAGCUUGUACGGCUAUAGUCUGGUGGAAAAUUGGGGGUCUUAUAGCAGCGCUGACCCUGUUGUGACUAGAGAGAAGAGGAACGAGUAAAGAAGUCAAAUGCAAGUCCGAUUGUCUCUUGAA